GCCCGGCAAAACCCGAGCAAUUUGGUGGGGGAGAUCGGUGGUAACAGCUCGAUCGGUGGUAUAUAAAGCAGUCCGAAUAAACGUUGGACAUCAUCAGUCGCUCAGUCGAUCCAAACCAACCUAAUCAUUCCAACAAUGGUCUCCAAGUUCAUCGCCUUCGCCGCGUUCGUGGCCGCCGCCAACGCCGGAAUCCUGCGGGAAGCCCCUUUGACCUACGCACCUGCUGCACACUUAUCCUACGCUCAUGCCGCCCCAUUGGCUUACUCUGCGCCAGUUGCUGUAGCUCCCGUGGCCAAGACGUUAGUCGCGGCUCCAGUGGCUAAGGCCGUCGUUGCCAAGACUGUGGACGCUGACUACGACCCUCAUCCCCAAUACAGCUACGCCUACGACGUGCACGAUAGCCUGACCGGUGACGCCAAGAGCCAACAAGAGAGCCGCGACGGAGACGUGGUCCAGGGCAGCUACUCUCUCAUCGAACCCGACGGCACCAAGCGCACCGUCGACUACACCGCUGACCCAGUCAACGGAUUCAACGCGGUAGUCCGCAAGGAGCCAGCAGCCGUUGCCGUGAAAGCCGUCGCCCAUGCCGCACCCUUGACCUAUGCCGCUUCUGCGCCAGUUCUUGCCGCUCCAGUCGCCAAGUAUGCCGCCCCCAUCGCACACGCUCCAGCAGUAUACGCCGCCAAAGUAGCCGCACCAGUUGCCGUUGCCCAUGCCGCCCCAUACGCCGUUGCCCAUGCCGCCCCAUACGCCGUUGCCCAUGCUGCCCCAUACGCCGUCGCUCACGCAGCACCCAUCGGCUAUUCCGCUCACCCCGUCUCGUACGCCAAGUACGCCGCUGCCCCGGCCCUGACCUACGCUCAACCUCACUAUUUGUAAACGUACCUACGUCUUAAACCCCACACCACGGACUCAGGCUGAACUUUUUAUUUAUUUUUUUAGCAGACUUGUUUGUGAUCGAUUAAACUCGUUACAAAUGUA